UCAGGUCAAUGACUGUUCAUCAUACAUCUCCAAAAACAUUGUCACCUGGAUAACUGUGGUUUCCAACUUAUCACAGGCAUUCCCUCCCCACACCUCCCUUUCUCUCCAACUUAAAAAAACAUUUGUUUUCUCAUUGUUCCAGUUCUGAUGAGGUUCAUUAACCUGAAACAUUAAUUCUUCUUCCCUCUCCAUAGAUGCUGCCUGACCACAAUACUUCCUGUAUUUCCUUUUUAAUGUAAUUUCCAGAAUCUGCAGCUUUUGGUUUUCAACCUGAAACAUUGACUUCAUUUCUGUGUCCACAGAUGAUCUGCUAGAUGUCUCUUGUGGAUUUGGGGAAGAAGCUUUUAGAAGCUGCCCGUGCUGGACAGGAUGAUGAGGUGCGAAUCUUGAUGUCCAAUGGUGCCCCUUUUACGACAGACUGGCUGGGAACAUCCCCCCUGCACCUAGCAGCUCAAUAUGGUCACUACUCAACAGCAGAAGUGCUACUUCGGGCAGGAGUGAGUCGGGAUGCAAGGACCAAAGUGGACAGAACACCACUGCAUAUGGCAGCAUCAGAAGGCCAUGCAAACAUUGUGGAGGUACUUGUGAAGAAUGGAGCUGACAUAAAUGCAAAGGACAUGCUUAAAAUGACAGCUCUUCACUGGGCCGUGGAGCAUGGUCACCAAGAUGUGGUUGAACUCUUGAUAAAAUACGGAGCAGAUGUUCACACACCAAGUAAAUUCUGCAAAACAGCCUUCGAUAUCGCAGUGGAUAAUGGUGAUGAAGAGUUAAUUUUAAUGCUUCAGAGGGCAAUGGAGAACCAGAUUAACACAAACUCAGAUAGCUCUGAUACCAUCACAGUCCACAGUGCUGCACCACAAUUCAUUAUUGGUCCUGGAGGAGUGGUCAAUUUAACUGGCUUAGUUUCUACCGGGACAUCAAAGGCAUCAGACUCGGGCAUUUCUACAGUACAGUUUGGGAACUCCUCCACAUCAGUGUUGGCUACAUUAGCUGCCUUGGCAGAAGCAUCGGCACCAUUGACACAUACGUCUGAAGCACCAGCAGUUGCUACAGAAGAAGUAGUAACAGCCGACUCUGUGGACAGUGCCAUACAACAAGUUGUCAGCAGUGGAGGUCAGCAAGUGAUUACCAUAGUUACUGAUGAUAUUCAGCUGAGCAACUUGCAGGCAGCCAGCGACAGCAUGAAUCAGCCAAUCAUUGUGACAAUGCAGGAUGGACAGCAAGUUUUGACCGUUCCGGCAACUGAUAUUGCUGAGGAGACUGUGAUCACUGAAGAGCCUUUGAUAAAGAGGCGUUGUGUGGAGAUAAUUGAAAAUCACAUUGAUAGCACAGAGAUUGAGAUACAAGAAAGUUCUGUUCCGGAAACUUGUACCCUGGACCCUGCAGAAUUCUCAGAGGAGAAGGAAGCGUUGCAGAAACAGCUGGAAGAAGCCAAUCGCGAGGCCCAGAAGUAUCGGCAGCAGCUCUUUGAGAAGGAGCAGGAGGCUGAGGCCUAUCGACAGAAGCUGGAAGCCUUUGGGCACCUGCCCUCCAAUAAGCAGGUGCUUUAAAUGUGGACAAAGAGGCAAACACAUCACUCAAACACUCAGCGGUUCCAGAUCCUAUGGGAAGGACAGCCUUCUCUAUCACUGUGACACAAAAGGGCAUGGCAGCAAUCCAGGAACAAAGGUCCUGACAGCAGAUCAUGGCUCAGAAAAUUGUGCUUUUUGGUGGUUGAAAUCCUAGUGAUUGAAUGGCAGUCGGAGGAUGUAAGGAUGGACAGGACGGAGGUUGAAGGCAAAGAGGUGAGGCACCAAGCAAUCUGCCCUUCCCCGGAAUAUUCCAAAAGGACUGAAUCUGUCUGAAGAGCACAGUCCCUCAGUCCUUCCUCAUUCACACCCUUCCUCUCUGUGUCCUAGAUAAUUCUGUUGUUACAUUAGAAGACUCUGGCUCUUGGUUUUUAUCUGUUGAUUACUGGAUUGCCUCUGUGAGAUGCUGCAAGUAUGAAAUAUUAUCUGGACAAAAGUAGAAAGAAGUUGUGCUGGUGAUUAGUGAAAUGUAGUGAAGCCUUCUUUGCACAGUGCGGAUAGGUAACUGCCCACUUGUAGAGGUAAUUGAGGCUUUAAUAUUUAAAUGUAACUGUGCAGAAUGAGCCAUUGGGUUGAGCUACCCUUCUCAAAAUCAUUUAAAAAGUUGAGUUACAGACAUUUAAUAAUGUCUCAGUGGUAUUUUUUUAAGAAAUCCUUAAAGGGGAACUCUUAACACCAGGAAUGGAUUUAAGCUGUAAAACUAUUUGAUUUCUUAUUAAAUCUAAAUUAAAUAAUCAACUUUCACUGUAAGUAACAAAACAAAUUGCAAAAAUGAGAGUCUUGUUGUUUGUAAUUUUUGUGACUGACGAAUUCAGGUUUCACCAACAAGGCACCGUGCCCAUGAACUGAUACAGUUUUAGAACCGUGAACCACACAAUGCUGGAAACGUUCCUGGAAUGAAUUAUUCACUCAGUCUGAAAGUUCAAAUUCUCUGCUGAAUUGGCUGUGUGUUGUGUCAGUGCAUCAUUCAGGAAAUGACAGGGGGUGAUAUUUUACACUUAUCGUUGUUCAUCCCGAUACAAACGCAAUUAGUCCCGACCCUGAACCUUCUCCUUAAUAACAAGACUUUAAUUCAACCCACUGAGCGGAGCUAAAAAAUUAUACUCAAUUUUAAAUUCUAUUAAUUUAUGCCGUGCAAGUGCAAGGAAGCUCAUUCCUUCAAUAGUGGCUGGUGUUUAACAAGAUGACACAGGUUUAGGUCGUUUCACCAAUAGCUAAAAGUGUGAGUUUAGGGCUGAUGGUGACUGGAUCACAGAAAAACAGCUGCUGGUGCUGCUGCCCUGUGAGAGUUGCGAUGGUUUUAAGGUAUUAUGCUGCAGCUUGUUUAUAUUCCUUGUUCAGUGUCUGUCCAUUUCAGUGUUCCUGGAGAGCCAGCCAUCUGAUCUCUGCCGAGUGUCCUUUACCUGCCGGGCUGAUGAUUUUGUUUAGUAUUUAGUUGGGACUUUUUCACUGAGGGUUCUCAGUGACCACUCUUAGACUGAUAGUGCUGACAUCCCAUUAAACAGCAGCACUUGUUCGAGUAUGAGAGAGAAGACUGUUUGCUCCAGUGGUCAGGCUCCUGAUUUAAUGUAAAUUGAAAUACAGUUUAUUAAAAGCUGCAGUGAAUUCAGAGCAUUUCCUCAUAGAUUUUUCCAUUCAGCCUAUCCUUGUAAUUAUAUAAACAAAGAUGAUUACAAAUCUUCCACUGUAUAAUUUUGUAUCAAAUAAAAACUUUCUUAAGUAA